GUUCCUUGCUUGGUACUGCCCUUCAAGUGUGUGCAAAUGUCUCCAACACAGGUAAGAAUCUGUUGCUUUGUCUCCUGCUUUCUUCCUCUUCUCCCUCCUCUUCCUCCUCCUCUCCUCCUCCUCCUCUCUUCUUCCUCCUUCUCUCCUCCUCCUCCUCUCCUCUUCCUCCUCUUCUCCUCUUCCUCCUCCUCUCCUCUUCCUCCUCUUCCUCCUCUUCCUCCUCCCCUCUUCCUCCUCUUCUUCCUCCUCCCCUCUUCCUCCUCUCCUCUUCUUCCUCCUCUCCUCUUCCUCCUCUUCCUCCUCUUCUUCCUCCUCUCCUCUUCCUCCUCCUCUCCUCUUCCUCCUCUUCCUCCUCUUCUUCCUCCUCUCCUCUUCCUCCUCUUCCUCCUCUUCUUCCUCCUCUCCUCUUCCUCCUCUUCCUCCUCUUCUUCCUCCUCUCCUCUUCCUCCUCCUCUCCUCUUCCUCCUCUUCCUCCUCUCCUCUUCCUCCUCUUCUUCCUCCUCUUCUUCCUCCUCUCCUCUUCCUCCUCUCCUCUUCCUCCUCUUCUUCCUCCUCUUCUUCCUCCUCUUCUUCCUCCUCUCCUCUUCCUCCUCUUCCUCCUCCUCUCCUCUUCCUCCUCUCCUCUUCCUCCUCCUCUCCUCUUCCUCUUCCUCCUCUUCCUCCUCUCCUCUUCCUCCUCCUCUCCUCUUCCUCCUCUCCUUUUUCUUCUCCUCUCCUCUCCCUCCUCUCCUCUCCUCUUCCUCCUCCUCUUCCUCCUCCUCUCCUCUUCCUCCUCUUCUCUUCCUCCUCCUCUUCCUCCUCCUCUCCUCUUCCUCUUCUCUUCCUCCUCUUCCUCCUCCUCUCCACUUCCUCCUCCUCUCCUCUUCCUCUUCUCUUCCUCCUCUCUACUUCCUCCUCCUCUCUACUUCCUCCUCCUCUCCUCUUCCUCCUCUCCUCUCCUCUUCCUCCUCUCCUCUUCUUCCUCUUCUCUUCCUCCUCCUCUUCCUCCUCUUCCUCCUCUCCUCUUCCUCCUCUCCUCUUCCUCCUCCUCUCCUCUUCCUCCUCUUCUCUUCCUCCUCCUCUUCCUCCUCCUCUCCUCUUCCUCCUCCUCUCCUCUUCCUCUUCUCUUCCUCCUCUCCACUUCCUCCUCCUCUCCUCUUCCUCCUCCUCUCCUCUUCCUCCUCUCCUCUCCUCUUCUUCCUCUUCUCUUCCUCCUCUUCUCUUCCUCUUCCUCUUCCUCCUCUUCCUCCUCCUUCUCUUCCUCCUCUUCCUCCUCCUCUUCUCUUCCUCCUCUUCCUCUUCCUCCUCUUCCUCCUCCUCUUCUCUUCCUCCUCCUCCUCUUCCUCCUCCUCCUCUUCUCUUCCUCCUCCUCCUCUUCCUCCUCCUCCUCUCCUCUUCCUUCUCCUCCUCUUUCUCAUUAUUAGAAUCAAAGGUCCUGCUUGGCUGAACUGUCUUGGAACUCAGUUUAUAGCUCACACUGUCCUUCAACUUGUGCUCCCCCGUGCGUCACACUCCAAAGUGUUGAGAAUACAGGUACAUGCUGUAUUGUACCGGUGCUACUGCUGGCCUUCAGAUAAGUCUUUAACAGUCCCACCAGAGCAAUGGUCUCUAGUGUCCAAGGCAAGUUGUUCCAUCCUCCUUUGAUCCACCUGCCCAACGUGUGUGGUUUGAAUAUGAAAUGUCCCCUACAGGCUUCUGUGGUUGAACACUCAGUCUCCGUGUGGUAGUGCUGUUUCUGGGGACCUUGUAGAGACUUUGGGAUAUGUGGCCUACCUGGAGGACUUAGGUCACCAGGGUGGACCUUAGAGGUUAUGACGGUGCUCCUGGUUUGGACUCGUCCUAUGAUGUCUCACUUGUCAGGAUGUGAGGAUUCCCUGGCAUACACUCCCAUCCACAUGACCUCUGCCCAGCCUUCCUUGCUGUGAUGCUCGAAACCAGGGGUUAAAACAGAGCCUUCUUCCCUUAAGUGCCUCUAUGAGGUAUUUUGUCACAGAGACAUAAAAGUACCUAAUACAGCCAUGGGAAUCCUGGCCCUUGCAGAAGUAGAAAGUUAGGCACGGCCCAGCAGAAUCACUGUCGGGGCGCUUCCCACAGACAUGCUAUUCCAUAUGGCACAUAACGUAUGGAGGUGGCAAGCCAUUGAGUCUUUGAAAACAGUUUGGCUCUAAUUGCCAUUUUGUAGAUGAGGGAGCUCAGGCUCCAGGGACUCCGAAAUCCCUACCAAAUGCACACAACUGGGUGCAGGCUUUGGAUUUGAUCCAGGUCACCUAACUGCAGAGCCCUGGCUUAGAGUAGCACUGUGCUACCUCUCCGUCACUGCUGCUGAUCCUCUCCGCAGCACUGAGCAUGUUUCAGAGGUUUGUACAGCAUCUGCAGGCUGGUGACACUGAGUCCUGUUCCCGGGGGGGGGGGGAACUGUUGCUUUCCCGUCUCUAGACAAAACGAGUAGGGCAGUAGGUGUGUUGGUGGCUUUGCUUUGCUGAGCAGGUGCCAUGGUCUCCCCAUUGAGAGCACCAGGUGGCUAGGAGCUGAGGAUGCUGGGAAGAGGCUCAUCUUCCUGCGGUGUGUAUCGCUGGAGAGCGAGUCAGCAGCACACAGUGGGGAAUACACCUGCCUCCCAGAUGUUGACUAACUCCUAAACCCAUCCUUAAUUAACUGGAAAUCUCAGAGCUGCGUUCCGAGAACGCCUUCCUCAUGGUGUCUUUAGCCUGGAGAUUGGAGAUUCGUGGCUCAGGCUUAGGACCGAGAAAGGAAGAUGGAGGAUUUGCUCUGGCAGUCCUCCUGGGAGGUGCUCCACUUACCGGGAUAAUGGAUGAGGAAGGAGACAUAAGGAAGACUUUCAUUAUGGUCAAGACAACCUUCUGAAAUCCUAGUGCUGUCUCUCUGUCUCUCUCUCAAUCUGUGCAUGUUCCUCUGUGUGUGUGUGUGUGUGUGUGUGUGUGUGUGUGUGUGUGUGUCUGUGUGUCUGUGUGUCUGUGUGUCUGUGUGGUUCGAGGAACACCCAGGAAGCCACCAACUCAACAAAUGCUUAUUUAACACUCCUGGGGCCAGGCCCUAGGAUACAGGCUGAGGACCUGCUGAUACCUUCAGACAUCCUAGAGGCCUCCCAGGAGAACAGAGACACUUCCAAAGAAGUGAGGUGGGGACUAAGUUAAUUACAAAUGUGGUCGACUCAAGAAGGUCUGGGACAAGGGGACCUCGUAGACGGUGCAGAGUCACAGAUGAAUCUUUGAGGAGUGACAUCUGAGUCAGUAAUUGUACAGUGACAAAAAUCAACCAUGCAGGAGGCUUCAGGAAAAAACCUCCAGGCACAAAGAGAGAGGCAGCUGACGUGUGUGUGUGUGUGUGUGUGUGUGUGUGUGUGUGUGUGUGUGUGUGUGUGUUGGGCAGGGAUGUGGUAGAGAUCUACAGGAGGUGAAUGAAUUAGGGAGGUAGGUAGAAUGGGCCUGGUGGCUGGGGAAGGAACAAGUACACACUAGCUAUGGUGUAGACUAGAAUUUGGCAGAACUAUAGCCUGCUGACCAAGUCCGGCCCACUGCUUAUUUUUAUAAAUAAAGUUUUAUUGAAAGCCAGUCAGACCCGCUUGUUCGCAUAUGACUUGUGGCUGCUUUGGGGCUAUAAAGGCAGAGGCGAAGAGUUACAGGACACUUUACAGCCUGCAGAAUCUAAAGUCUUUGUAUCCUGGCCUGUUGUAUACUUGUGCACAGCUGUGUAGAGCACAGUUCUAGAGUAGUGGUUCUCCUCCAUUGGUUGUAGCCCCUUUGGGGUCACAAAUCAGAUAUUCUGCAUAUUAGCUAUUUACAUUGUGGUUCGUAAAAGUUGCAAAAUUACAGUUAUGAAGUAGCAACAUAAUAAUUUUAUGGUUGGGGGUCACCACAACAUGAGGAACUGCAUUAAAGGGUUGCAGCAUUAGGAAGGUUGAGAACCAUUGCCCUAGGGUCUUACACAGUUGCCCAGUUGUCUGCAUUAUUUUCAAAGAACACUCUAGGACCAGUGAGGUGACUCAGUGGGUAAGGGCUCUUAUCACCAAGCUUGAUGGCUUGAGCUUCAUCCCUGGUACCCACAGGGUAGAAGGAGAGAACCAACUCCUGCAAGUUGUCCUUUGAUCCCAUAAAUGUGCAUAAACAUGCCUUCCCAUGCAAUGACUAUAUGUAAAAGUAAAAUACACAAUCAUUUUAGAUGCACUGUGCUGGGGAUUUGGGGGUGUCAGGAGGGUUCCACGGCAACAAGAAGUCCUUGUUCCAGGACGGCUCUUACCCAGGUUUCAGCUCAACCGGGAUGUGGAUGGAUCUGCAUGAACUGAGUUUUACAAGGCGCUAGUGACUGGGCAAGGCACAUCCCUAAGACUUUCCCAGCAUCACCUUUAAAGUAACACUGUAUUUCGAACAUUUAACUCUAGACUUGGCAAAAUGCAGCACUGGAUACAAAAGCUGAGGUACUGGAUACAAUGAUAUUUCAAGGAUGCAAGUCUUCCAGUGAGAGCAUGGGGAAGAUGACGGGGAAGACUGGGAGGCUAAUGGAAGGUGCUUCCAGGCAAGCCCUGUCUCUCCAGUCUUACCCGAAGUCCCAGGGGACUUUGGAGAGUAAGCCAGAUCUUAGUGCUCAUGGGUACUCAUGCUUCCCCAGGGGUCAGCCUUUGGCUGCCAGGAGGAGACAUUAAUUCCCAGGGGCUUUGGAGUCUCCUGUGAGCAAAGUAACUCCAGAGACCCCACUGGAGAUCUUUCUGGAGAGGAUCUUCAAGUACAGCCUGUUGGAAAACAGCAGGUGGGUGUGUGCUCCCCCAAAGGAAGCAUGUAGGGGUGUGCAUACUCAAGAUUAAAGGGAUUGGGCUGGGGAGAGGGCUUGGUGGGUGAAACCGUUUGCUUUAUGAGCAUGAUGGUGAGUUUGGUCCCCAUCGUUCACAGAAGAAUUCAGACAUGGCCACGUGUGCAUACCUGGGUGUGUGUGUAUUCAAGGGUAUGCAUGUGUGUAUAUUUCUGUGCGUACACACCUGUGUGUGUGUGUGUGUGUGUGUGUGUGUGUGUGCACUCUUGUGUGCCUGAAGACUGUAGGAUCAUUGGUGAUUUCUGGCCAACCAUCUUAAUUGAAAAAAAAAAAACACACUGUAAGCCCAAGGUUCAAUGAGUGAGCCUUUUUUUUUUUUUUUUUGUUCUUUUUUUCGGAGCUGGGGACCGAACCCAGGGCCUUAGCGCUUCCUAGGUAAGCGCUCUACCACUGAGCUAAAUCCCCAGCCCCGAGUGAGCCUUUCUUAAGGGAAUGAGAUGGAGAGUGAUAGAAGAUAAUGUAUUGUCCUCUGGCUUCUGUGUAUGGGCACACAUGCACAAAUACAAGUACAUACACAACCACAGAACACAUGUGCACACACACAUGCACACACACGCAUGCAAACACACACGAACACACCCUCAUCAGGUGGCUACCGCUGACACCAUUUCACUGUUGGGGAUUUUGAAGCUCAGAGUGACUCAUUCACACCAGGAGCUGAGGGGGUGCAUAUAGCCACUGCUUAGAAUAGGACACUGAGGGCCAGGCGUGGUGGCACACACCUUAAAUCCCAGCACCCAGGAGGCAGAGAAGGGUGGACCUGUGGGAGCUUGAGUUAGCCUGAGUUACAUAGUGAGACCCUAUCUCAAGCAAAACAAAACGAAAUGAACACCAGGGGUUGUGUCCAGUGGUAGCCAGGACUUCCGCCCUAGGCCCAUUUGAAUCCCCUCCCCCAUUCGGGUCCCCUCCCCCAUUCGGAUCCUUUCCCCCAUUCGGAUCCCCUCCUAGUCUCUUACCCUAGCCAACCACUCCCCUCUCCCUCCUUUGGUCAUGAAAACCAAAGCCCUCUGCUGCUCCUUGGUGUGCAACAGUCCUGCAGGAAGGCUGGCUGCACUCCACAGAUUGUCUUUUAGUGCCUAUAAUUGCUUAAUCAAAAACAAACGAGGGCCGUAAAAACUGGGAGCAUGCAAGCGUCCUCUGAAUAGUUGUGGACGUUCUCAAAAUGCCAAAGUUUGGACAAACACGGCUUCCCUCCUCAAGACUCUCGCGGCUGAGUGUGAGCUAGUCCUUUCCAAGACUGGGUAGGAGAUAAAGAAUUUCUUCUUUCAGCAGUAAUAAAUCAAACUCCGUGUACAGUGGGAAUUGAUUUUUUCCCCCCUCGCUUUUUGCAGAGCCACGGCACUACCAAAGCCACGGCGGGACGUGCGUGCGACAACAUGCUUCAGCUCGGCUGCUUCAAUUAUCGAAAUAAGAAAUGUCAGGGUUUGAUGCAACCCAGCUAUCCGGCUAUCCAGUGUCCCCAUAGCUUUAUGUUUAAGCUUUGUGAAGGGGGAUGGGAGGAUGGCUCAGUGGAAGGGGGAUGGGAGGAUGGCUCAGUGGAGGGGGGAUGGGAGGAUGGCUCAGUGGCUAUAGUUAUUUGCUGCACAAACAUGAAGGGCUCAGCUAGGUCAUCAGCACUCACAAAAACACUGGGUGUGGAGGUAUGCACCUGUGACCCAAGAGCUGGGGUGGGGCGGACGCAGAGAAGACAGGGUGAUCCCAGGGCAACAGGAAAGAGUGUAGGCUCAGCUUAUCACACCCUGCUAGCUAGCACCCUAUUGGCCAGGGAAGUCAUAUGACUGAAUCUGUGGUGAAGGGGCAUUGGAGUCCAGGCACUCACUCGUAGGCAGCCAUAGCCACAGUAUACACAUAACAUUCCACCUAAGGGAGUCCUGGGUCAGGAGUUCAACCUGCUAUGAAUGCUGGGUAACAUGGCACACACGAGGUCUUGUACCUUCUUCCUUCACCCCACCUCCCUGUUUUAAAAAUUAACCUCCAGGCAGUUGUGGGUGCUUCUCAGAGAAGACGCAGGCCAAGCUCACCAAGCUCAUCUUGUUGCUUCCGUGUGAUGUCAGAAUGGUGUGGGGCUCAGGACGUCCCCUUUGAGCUAAGUAGGCAGGCUCGCCACAGUUUGCCCACCACACCAUCUUCCAGGCAAUGACUGCUCCCGGGUUAUUGUAGCACCAUCUACUCUCCAUAGUGUUUCACCAUAAAACCUCAGGAAAUGUGGACUGUGGAGAUGGCUCCAAAACUUAUGUGCCAAAGGUAUGCUUACUUGUAACCCAGCAUGGGGGACACAGAGAUAAAGACCCCUGAGGCUCAUGGCUAGCCAGCCUAAAAUAAUUGGCCAGUUCCAGGCCAAAGGCAGACAGAAUAUCAAAAAGACAGACAGAAAGAUGGCACCUUAAGAACAAUCCCUGAGGUUGUCCUCUGACUUACACACACACACACACACACACACACACACACAGAUGCACACACAGACACACAGACACAUAGACACACAGAUCCAGACACAGACCGAGACCCCCCCCCCCACAGACAUACACACAGAGAAACACAAAGACACAUAGACACACAAAGACACAUACACAGACACAUACAAACAGACACACACAGACAUUUACACAGACACACAGAAACAGACACACAUACAGACACACAGACAUGGACAUACACACAGACACAGACACACAGACACAUGCACAGACAAACGUACACACAAACAUACACAUAUAAAGACACACAGAGACACACAUACAGACACAGACACACAGUCAUACACACACACAUAGACACAGAGAGGUACACACACACAAACACAGACACACAGUUAUACACACAUAGACACACAGAUACACACACAAAGACACACAGACACAGAAACACACAGAGACACACAUACACAAACAGACACACACACAGACACACAGACAUACACACACAGACACACAUAGAAACACACGCACACACAGAAGCACAAAGACAUGGACACAGACACAAACACACAGAGGCAGACAGACACACAGAGACACAGAUACAGACACAGAGACACAGAGACACAGACACAGACACACAGACACACAGACACACACACACACACACACACCCCUCAUCUGGUGCCUACCACUAACACCAUUUCACUGUUGGGGAUUUUGAAACUCAGGGUGACUAAAAUUCACACAAGGGUUCAGAGGCAGCGUGUGGAAGGGCUGGGUCUCCAGCUCAGUCCUUGGGUUGGAAUUGAUUUCUUUUCAGUUACCUUCCAGCCUUUUUCUGCAGGGUUUGGCAGUCAGCUGUCUGCCUUCUGCCAUGUCAGAUUCUGGGUCCUGGAGAGGCAGUAGUAGCAGCAGGUACGAACUCAAGUUGGGGUUGUCGGGGAGGCGAACAUACCCCAAUAAUGCCACUGUGAAUUCUACCCGUGGACACUAAGGGUUGGCAUGGGAGAGACAGGCCUCACAUGAGCCACAGCCCUCGCUCUGACCUCUACUUUCUAACCCCCCGAGCUCCAGCCAGCAGGCAGAGGCUUAGAGAUUCUCAAGUGAGUUUUACAAUUAUUUCUCCCACUUGGGACAGAAUAUCUCAAACCCCAAUAUCCAAAUUAAAAGUUAAAGGGAUGCUUAACCAAAACCGUGUGCAGAGUGGCGGGCCGAGGCUGACCCUCUGCUGGCAGAGACACAAAAGGUUCCAUUCUGGCUUUCUUCCCCUCCGUAAGAAAUGAGGCCAAGGCAGUUCCGAUAAAGAGAUGAUGUGUCCUUUCGGCAGUCUUUAAGAAGACAUUCAAAGCCCACGAGUCACUUUCUAUAUUUACAGUACGUACACGGGGGAAGGGAGGUGUAAGGGAGAAACUGGACUGAUGUGGCUUAAUUUGUGACCCCAGAGUUGUUUCAGAUCGCUGUGGGAGCAGACACUGGUCCCAUAGUCCGCCUUCUGCUGACUGCACGAGUUUCACUUUUAUUUUCACAGGGUCUUGUGCAUCGAGGGCUGGCUUCAACCUCUGUCUGUAGCCAAGGGUGACCUUGAGCUCCUUGCCUGCUUCGUGUGGGGCUGAGGCUGGGACCCAGGGCUUUGUGUAUGCUAUGCAACUCAGGGCUCAUUCCUUGGUCCCUGCUGCAGGGUAUUUUAAUGAGAAGGUGGAGGAAAACCUGACGCUGCAGUAAGCUCUGUGUGUGCCUGUAUGUCUGUAUAUGCACCUUAUGCAUGCAAUGCCUGUGGAGGCCAGAAGAGGGCACUGGAACCCUGAAGCUGGAGUUCCAGGUGGUUGUAAGACGCCUGAUGUUAGCGCUGGGGAACUGAACCCAGGUUCUACAGAAGAGAAAUACGUGUUCUUCACCACUAAACCAUUUCUCCAUCCCCUGAUCCCUAUGUUUUAAAGGCGCUCAUUGAACUAAUGAAAUUAAUUAAUGAAAUAAUGCUGUACUCAAUGUCUCACAAAUAGACUAGACAGUCCCCUCUACUCUCCAUCAGGUGUCUGCCAGGCAAACCACAUGCUCAUGAUGAUCAAGACUGAAAUUAUGGCUGGGCGCGAGGAUGUGUACCUGUAACUCUAGCACUUGGGAUGUGGGGUCAGAAGGUCAGACGUUUGGGAGCGACCUUAGUUACAGUGGAGUUCGAGGCUAGCUUGGGCUGCACGGAACAGUUUCGAAGAAGCAAACCAAACCAAUAACCCCCAAAGUCCUUCGAGAAACUGUCUUUGUGAGGCUUGGGUUUCAUCUAGGUCUGUGGUGAUCACCUGUCAGUUGCAACCCCUUUGGGUGGGGGGGGUCACCUUGGAAAAUACAGAUAUUUACAUUAUGAUUCAUAAUAGUUAUGAGAUAGCAAUGAAAAUAAUUUUAUGGUUGGAGGUCACCACCACCUGGGGAGCUGUGCUAGAGGGUCGCAGCUUAGGAAGGCAGAGAACCCUGCUCUAGGUGGUAGAAAGCCUGCUUAGUGUUUUUAUCUGCAGCAUCAGGAGGAAGGGAGGGGGGAGGAAGAAGGAAAAA